AGCCUUUGUGGUGCACAACGUCGUUACUGAACGUCCCGAUCCUGUAUAGAUUUUUGAUAAAGAAGCGCAAAAAGGCAUUCUCCAUUUACUUUUGUUUUUACCGUUUGCGGAAAGAUACUUAUUACCGGACUUUUUCUUGAACAAAACUCAAAGAACCCGAAAAAAAAAUGCCAUCCGAUUCGGCACCUUUUGCCGCUUCGUCUUCGUUGCACAAUGGACCCUCGUCCUCCUUGCACAAUGGAAGUGGUAAGGCGGUGCCGCUUUUGCCAGAUGUCGCGGGUGUGCAGGAUUCGGAGGCAAAGAAGGAGAAUGAGAUAAGGGUUGCUAUGCUGGGGAACCAGUGCGCGGGUAAGACAACCUUAAUCAAUGCGCUUUUGCGGGAUCAAUUUGGUGCGGUUGGGAACCAGCGCACUACUGCGGGCGUCAACUCGUAUCGGGUGACGUUGGUGCCGCAGCAGCCGACUGGGCGCUCAUUUAUCGAGGUACUUGAGUACGCCCCUGGGUUUUGCUCGCCGUGUAGUUGCUGCUUUUUUAUGUGCUCCGUUCUUUCGCUGUGUCAGCAACCAAAACGUACUGCUACUAUGCUACGGAUCAAGGCCUAAAAUUUCUUGUGCAAAAAACUAUCUCACGACGCAUUCAGGUUUUAGGUUUGAAAAGCGCGCCAGCGCGACCAGCGAAGGCAGUCCACGAGAGCGUGAAGGAGAGCGAUAAAAAGCUUCGCGUGCAGCAAAGCGAAGAUGGAGCGGGCAGCGCAUCGGUGGAGGUUGUGCAUACCUCCUUUGCAGCAGAAAUGGGCGACUUCGAUAUUGCGCGGGAUUCUUCGAUUCCUGGUGGGUGUCCGGCACUCACGCUCGUAGACUUCCCAGGUUUAAAUGGCAUCGGUGGGGAUGCUUUCAAGGCAGAGGUGGCAAAGACGCUGAAGAACUUUGACCUGGUCUUGUUGGUCGUCGACUUUCAGAAGUUCCCCAUUCCAAGUGACAGUCAGCAAUUCUCGCAAGAGGGAGAUCAGGCCGCAGGUGCUGCUGGUGCGAGCGGUGCUGAGACAGACGCUGAGGGUCUCUACGAUUUUGCAGGCAUUGAUGAUGCAGCACUGCUGAAGUGGUUCGCGAAGUUACCGAUUGAAGUUCCGGCUUGCAUUGUCAUCAACAAAGUAUAGAGUUUCCUGGAUUUUCACUUUGCCAUUUGCUAUUUCAAUUGCAGAUGUCAUCUGCAAUCUUGGUUCGUGCACUGCUUGCAAAGACACAUACAAGUGUGGCCACUACAGCGAUUAAGAUUAUCAUUAUGAAAAAUCAAUGAUUUCUACAAAUACGCUCGCACAGGUCGACGAUCACACGGUCAACGUGUUCAACGCCAACGGAAGGAAGAUAGAUUCAGACGCGCUCAAGAAAGCGGCGUGCGUUUCGGACAUCGUGCCUGUGUCGGCUCGCGCAGGUCUGGCCUGGCGGCUACCAGGAGACGCUGCGCAUGCUAUUGCAAAGGAACUUGAUCAAGGAACUUUAGAUCGUGUCGUGGGGGAAACCGGCAUGACGUUGACCGAACUAGCUGAGAUGAAGCCAGAGCAGAAAGCCGACAAAUGCGCCAACUUUCUGAGAAAGCUGCAGCCAACGAAGCGGGCGGAGCUGGAGGAGAAGAGCGGGAUGCCCAGGCUGCUCAGCGUCUUGGAGAAGACCAUCGGGGGAGCGAGCCAGCGCAAGGUGCUGGCGCUGCAAAUUCAGCGGGAACUGCAGGCGCUCUCUAUUGAUGAGACCGUGACGCUGGAGAGCCUGCAUAGCUACUACAAGCGAUCGGCGGUUCUCGGAGUCCGUAACGCAGUGGACUAUCGCGAAAAGUUUUUCGAGCUAUUCGAGUUUCGGUGCGCGCAGGCGUUGACAGCUUUCCGGGUGCGACCCCAGAAAGAAACACUAAGCAGCCUGACCAAGCUGGUGUCCGACAUGUGCGUUGAGUUUGUUGAUUUGCAGAAUGGAAUGCGACUGGGCCCGGAUAAAUUGCGAGACGCUGUUUUCCAGCUGUUGACGAACGUUCUGAAGCACUUUGUCGAAGCCUACCUUGCACUGCUGGUCCGCGAGGGGAACGAUUGCGGUUGGGGUAGCAGUUCUAACAAGACAAAACUCGGCAAGGGUCUGAAGGACAAGUGGGAAGCUUUACUGCUCCACAUGCGCUGCAACAUCAGUACUUACUUUCACGCCAAUCAGUCUAGGGUGUUCAGAAGCCUGUCUGCUGCAUGGACCAUGACUACCGAGCAAGUUCUGGAUCGUCUGCGUAAGGACAAGACGGCGAAGCGCAACAAAAUUACGAAUAUUUCUUUCGCCAACAACGCUUACGAAACGAAAGAGGUCUCUACCUUCGCCGACGCAAUCUCGGCCUUCGAAGAGCUGUGCCAAAAAUGUGUCACCGUUACCGGAAAAAGUAUUCCGCAAAUCUCUGCGGAGACAGCGGCUGAAAGGGAGAAAGCCGUGCUUGGGGGCGGCGUGCAGAAACGAAAUCGUGAUUCCGACAACGAAGAGGAAGAUGAACACGGGACCAAACGCCAGCGCGUAGACGGCGAGGGAGAAGAUGAGGAGUACGAGGAAUACAUGAUGGUGAUGGAUCAAUAGCGGUGCUUUUAUUCCCAACAAAAUCGUACCUUUAUAAAUAAUAGAUUACGAAAAUACAAGCAUAUUUCAUGUCCACGCGCAAAUUUGUGCGAACGCUUUACUUGAGAUUGAAGAGUCAUUGCCAGAAUAGAUGAACAAAGAAUUCACCAAACGAAAACACAAACGAGUUGCGUGCGACGCAUACAGUUAUUUAGAACUGAUCUACCAGCGCAGAAAUAACCAUGGUAUGCCAGUAUCAAGAAGACUUGCUUGACGAUACCCCCACUCUUUUUCACUUGAACUUCCGCGCCCGAUUUCCACGGAGUCAAAAACUGAAUCUCAUCGCUGAGACAGCUCACCUUAACAGAUGAGCAAUCUGAAACAGAGGUUCUACGCCUAAGCGAUCAUGGAUGCGGUAAAAG